AUGCAUUCUACUACUACUGCUGCUGCUGCCACGACGAGAGACUCGACUGCUGCUGACGGCCCGGACGCGUUCUCGACGCCGAGGGAGAUGGAGAAUGGCCAUUACAAGUCUGGGGAGCUGCUGGAAGCAAUUGAACAGUACACGCUCGCCUGCGCCGCCAACCCGACCUCGGCGCUGCUACGCUUCGACCUCUCGGCCGCCCAGUUCGAGACGGGGCAGUAUGCGGCGUCGCUCCAGUCCACCCGGGCCGGCAUCGAGCUGUGCGGCGCUACUGCUGCUGCUGUCAACGACGACGGGGAUGGGGGGGAGCUCCUCGCGAAGCUGUGGCUACACAGAGCUAGGUGUGAGCUCCAUCUGCGCAACUACAGGGCUGCCGGGGAGGCUGCAAAACAGGUUUCCAGGAUUGGGAGGGCGCCGGAGAGCACACGGAGGGAUGCGGAGGAACUGGUGAAUGCGGUUGAGGUGGCGAUAUACUAUCAUUCGUUGCUUUCGGAGGAGGAGGCGCUGAGAAUCGUGUUUGAGGUUCCGAAAUAUAGGCCCAAGCUAGAGGAGCAUAGGUCUACGAAUGUCUUAGAAUAUUAUAACCUCGGCCAUGACGUUGCACAGUCCCAAUUCGACCCCUCAACUGAUUCGGCGGGAGCUACGCACUCGUUCUUCUUCAGUCGCGUGGGCGACUCACGACAUCUGUUUGCAACAAUUGUAGCAAUCUCCCAUCACGAGCUGUCCAAUGAGAGUGCUUUCCAGCAAACACGCCCCUCAAGCUCCCAGGUCAAAUAUCACUUUACAGUAAAUGACAUAAAAGCUCAUGCUGCUGCACGAAAUGUCUUGAUGCUACUGCUGAUGCACCAGCUCGCCAUAUUCGGGCAAGAUCAGCAACAGGCAAAGACCGACACUCUUGCAUUGCUGUACUAUAUUUACCUUGGCGUGCUUAUGCCCGCAAGAGUACAUGGACACCUUCAGGAGUUUAUACAAACGACCAGGACUGCGCUCACUAUACGAGCCAGCCUUCCGUCGUGGUUAUGGAUCUCGCAGCGGGACUGCCUCAAAAUAAUAGAGAUUCUCGACAGCUGGGUGGAGCCCAUGUUUCCGGUUACACAUGCACAGGCCCAGAUUGCGGAGGCGGAAAGGGUCAUGCCGCAGGGAGAAAAGCCCAAGGGGUGUGAGCGGGAGUGGACCGCCUACCGGAGGACCGGUGCAUUAUUCCCGCCAAUGGCAAUAAGGUGUCACGAGAGUGAGCUUGACGCAUUCUUGGCUGGGGGCCCGGGGGUGGGAGGUCCGGGGAUGGCCGCUUGGGAGGCCGGAUUGAGGGCGUAUGUGGGCCGGGAGUGGAAGGUGAACAUGACCUUGGUUGACCGGGAGUGGUGUACGGAGGCCGGGGUGUGGGAUGUUUCGUUCGACCCUUUCAGUUUCGUGGAAAUGCUCUAUGGUAAGGUCGAUAUAUCGCUUCCACAGGAGCCGACACAGCUUUAUGACUAUUUUGAGCCUUUAUUUAUGAAUACGGCCAACUCGCUUAACCAUUUCGGGGGCAUAUUUAAGGUUGAAUUGAACGUCGGUGACUGCUGCGGCGCUUUAGAAGAGAUCAGGUAUGGGAGUAAAGUUUCCAGGAGGGAUGUUGAAAGACCAAUGGACUUUCCUCGUAUAUAUGACACCAUCCAUCUCAGUAAUCUUCCUGACUAUACCGGUGGUCACCUAUCCCCAGUUCUAUACGCCCUCCCAGUGCUUAAAGAUGCCCCACAUGCACACAUAACUUCCAUAUGCCAAGUGAACCCACCGUUAUGGCAGUCCAUCGAAGACUAUGUUGCAGAAUACGUUUGUCUUCCCACUUUAGAUAGACUUCAAGCCGCCACAUGCCUGAGGCUAUGUCCUGGACAAGAUGAAAGACUGCACGAGUUCAUGCCCAUGAGUGAAUAUACCUGCUGGCAGCACAGCACCUCCAAGACACUGUCAUACAAGGAACUUCUACCCCGGACUGUAUUCACCAGGUGGCUCCUCACGUUAUUCUUCAAGUUUGCGGUUCCGCCCAAUAGCGAGUCCCGAUCAAUGGCGAAGGUUUACUCUCCUCUUAAUCUAAGUGCUUGGGUACGGCUAUUAGGGCGAGUAGUCGAGAUUGGAUAUCCUCCCCACUGGGUUUCAAGUCUGGUCGAAGACAUCCUGGCGAACCGCGUUAUGACAACAAUUCGACCACCCGAAAUUACGCCAAUCCGGAUCCCAGAGCUCGAGAAGGAGCACCCACCUCAGAAAAUCUCAACAUCACCUUUCAUCCCAGAGCUUGAGGUGCUGCUUUGUACGUGGGCACGGGUUAGCCCCUUCACAAUAGUUUCCCCAGCACACAUACCUCCGCCAGAGAAGAUAUACGAGUAUAGCUUCACUAUUCUCGCUCCCCAGUUCCGCGAUGAGUUUGUAAACUGCCUCAUGCUAAAGUUCUACCCCGAGCGUAUCCUCGAGGAGCUCUACAAGACAGGACAUGGUAAGCGUAAGACGUGUGUGCGGGAGAUGCUGUCCUCGACUGGGAGGCGGUCACCUAACAAGUGUGCUAUGCGAGAAGCAGCGAUUGCGAUAGGGACAUGGUGGUGGGAUAAGAAGACAAGGCGGGUGACGUUCAGACUGAAGGAGGGGUGGAUUGAAGGAUGGCAGGAAGAGGACAAAUGGGUAGCUGCGUUGUGGAGAUUAGACGACUGGACGAUGUGUAGUGCACCGACCAGCCUUGGAGGGGGUAAUUUGCAGAAGUCCACUCUGCCCUGGGGGGAGCGGACGAAGAUAGGGUGUGGAGAGGCGAUGGAAAUGGAUUAG